UUCUUGGUAUACUGGUUAUCUAUCAAUUACAAACUUUCUCCCACUUCUGAAUUUACAGAACAGCAACUACAUAACCAAUUAAUUAUAGCCAUGGAUUUGUUUUUCAUUGCAAUUACACUAGCUUCCUCCUUUCUUGUUUCCUUCUUUCUUUUCAAACAAUUUUUCUCAGCUAAAACGCAGAACAGAAAAGUACCUAAAGCUGCCGGAGCAUGGCCAAUUAUUGGCCAUCUUCACCUUCUCAAUGGAACUCAAAUGCCUCACAAAAUUUUUGGCCAUAUGGCAGAAAAAUAUGGACCCAUUUUCCGAAUAAAGCUUGGAGUAAAUCAAGUUGUAGUGGUUAGUGAUGCAAAAAUAGCCAAAGAAUGUUUCACCACAAACGAUAUGGCCUUUGCCAAUCGGCCUAAAUCCAUAGCUUCAGAGAUUAUAGGCUACAAUUAUGCCAUGUUUGGGCUUGGUCCUUAUGGGCCGUACUGGAGAGAGAUUAGGAAGAUAGCCACAAUUGAGUUUCUUUCCACUAGGCAAGUUGAGAUUUCUAGUCACAUUAGAGAAUUAGAAGUAAAAUCAGCUAUCAAAGAGAUAUAUGAAUACUGGUUGAAGAGCAAGAGCAGUAGUUUAAAUGUUGCUGUAAAAAUAGAGAUGAAGGAAUGGUUUGGGAACUUAAUUAUGAACACCAUGGUGAAGAUGUUAUUCGGAGUACGAUACACAGGUAAGGAAGAAGAAGAAAGAGGUAGAGCUCACAAAGCAAUAAGAAGAUUUUUUGAAUUGAUGGGAGUAUCAGCUGUGGCUGAUUUUUUACCAUAUUUAAGAUGGCUUGAUAUAGGAGGCCAUGAGAAAGCCAUGAAAGAGACUGCUAAUGAAAUGGACAGUCUUGUUGAAGAAUGGUUAGCAGAGCACAGAAGACAGAGGGAAUUAAGAGGAAUAAAAUAUGGAGAUGAAGAAGAUUUAAUGGAUGUUAUGUUGUCCAUUUGUGAAGACAGAGAUCUUCCUGGUUUUGAUGCUGAUACCAUUAUCAAAGCUACAUGUUUGGCUCUGCAAUCAGCAGGAACAGACACCACGAUCGUAACGCUAACAUGGACUUUAUCUUUAAUCCUAAAUAACUACCAAAUACUGAAAAAGGCUCAAGAUGAAUUAGAUGCUCAUGUUGGGAAGCACAGAUGGGUUCAAGAGUCAGAUAUCAAGAACUUGGUUUAUCUUCAAGCUAUUGUUAAAGAAGCAUUACGUUUAUAUCCAGCUGCACCACUCUUACUACCCCACGAGUGUAUAGAAGAUUGUGAUAUUAGUGGUUACGAUAUACCAAAAGGAACUCGCUUAUUAGUGAACAUAUGGAAGAUUCAUUACGAUCCAGAUUUAUGGCCAAAUCCUGAGGAGUUUAAGCCAGAGAGGUUCUUGACGACACAUAAGGAUGUCGAUGUUAGAGGAAAUCACUUUGAGUUGAUUCCAUUUGGUAGCGGAAGAAGAAUGUGCCCUGGAAUUUCUAUGGGACUUCAGGUUGUGCAAUAUGUAUUAGCUGUACUUUUGCAGGGGUUUGAAAUAAAGAGGCCUUCAGAUGAACCAAUUGAUAUGAGUGAGAGCUUUGGAUUGACAAUCCUUAAAGCUUCUCCUCUCGAAAUUCUUCUUGCUCCUCGCUUGGCUCCCAACCUUUACGAAUGAAAAUGCUAAUGAAGUUGUGUUUCAUGCCACAUGAAACAAAUUUCAAGUUAUUUCAAGAAAUAUGUAAGCUUGUGUACAAUUACAAGAAAAUAACUUUUUGCGUACUUUUGAUUUUAA